AUGGUCGAAACGAGAUCAUUCUGCCAGUUUCUGCAACAUGCCGAAUUUUCAUAUAACCUACUUUGUGAUCAUUUUUUGCCAGACAACAAUAACGUGACUUUCACAGAUACAAAAAACGUGGCAACGGUAACUGUUCUGGAUAAUGUAGAGACAAAUUUGCCUGCUGUCGCUGCACUUGGCGCUAUGCAUGUAUGCACCAGUAAUCAGGCUUAUCUUAUGUUCUGUAAAUGUGAUUUGAAAUAUGCAAUGAAAUCAGUCACCAUUGAAGAAUGUGAACAAGAUGAAUAUUAUCUUAAAAUCGAUAAAUGUCGUCAACGCUGCAUGAAAAUCAGCAGCUUAUGGAGUAAUGAUGUUGACUAUUCGAGAUUGCCGGUAUAUUAUAGCGCGUUUGAAGAUCGCCGGCAACAACAUUUACUUGUUCAUGUUUAUGAACAGCUAGUCAAUGUCACGUUGAAAACACGUAAUAUGGACGUAUGUAAAAAUGUCACUGUCGAUUUGUAUGACGCCGACUUGUUCGUUGGUAAUGAGAAAACUCGUCAGCUUUAUAGAGACUUGAUGGGAUUUAUAGUCGCUGAUAAAACACGUUAUUUCCAAAUUACCAUUGGAAAAUCUGACUUACAAGCGAUUACUGCAAAUAAACGGACAAAAAAUGCAAAAAUGAUGUAUAAGGAAUUGAAUUCUGAAAAUGAGUUCCAUUUCUUUGAGUACGAUUCCGUCGUUACUUUUAUGAAUCGACAUGAUUAUCUGGAUUUCUUGUAUCAUAUAAAUGGAGUGUUAGGUAUAGUAGCCAUUGAAAAACAACAACCGGUUGGUUAUAUUCUCGCUCUCAACAACCAUAUUUUGCAGUGUUACGCGAAUACUCUCGAAAUAGCUUGUGGUCUGAUUCGGAAGCUGAGUGAUAAGAUGUCAGAUCAAAUCCCAAUAACAAUGUUUAUGCGUGAAUGCAAUGAGUGGGUUUGCAAGGAACUUCUGAAUAAGGCACGACAAAUAAACCGCAUUCAUCGUUUCCACAGUCGCAUACUUCCCAUUCGUAUUAAAUGGGAAAAUGUAUUCUUGAUGAAUAUUGGUACUUAUUUAUUUUGAAUAUUCAUUUUUGUCCUCACUUCCAUCAAAUUCUUUUUAGAAAAAUGAAGUUAAGGAAAGAAUAAAUACCGUAUUUAAAAUAUUUCAGCUGAUCUCUUCGUCUCUGUCUUUACAGCAAUUCAUCAAUUAUAGUCUAAAACUAACGAACACUGUUCUAAUGGUUGGUUUCAGAACCAUUACCAC